AUGAGGUUAAAUCCGAGCAAGCAAGGAAAAGAAGAAGGAAAACAAGAAGAAAAGAAGCUAACAAGCUCCAACUACCUCUUCGCCCCUGUCCUUGAAGUCGAGCCUCUGCGCCCCUAUAAAGAAAUUACUUCACUUAUCCCCAUCUAUUCUGGAGAAAUCGGUACACCAUCGCCUCUCGUAGACAUUCGCAACGAGCUAAUAAUGCAAGAGCGUAGUAAGGGCGCGGGAGCAUUCUCCACGAGCAUCCUCUCAUUGGACUCCCCAGUGAACUUUCUACCCCAUUCUUCCUCUCCCCUUCACAGACCGAUUUUUUAUGGUCCUAAAAACCCAUCCACUAAGGGAAAGCAGAGCAACUUGGGAAUGAAAGACAUGAAGGGCCUAACAAAAGGCUCGAUGGCUCCAUCAAGGGUCGAUGUAAUUGGGGAAGCAAUACAAGAUAAGAGUUCUCGUGGAUCUCCCUAUUACCGGGAAACCCACAGAAGUCAGAAUGGGAAGAGGGCAAUUAUCAUAGCGCCUACGGGUUGGAUUGCUCAUGUGUCCACGGGACAAAUCCCAUUUGAAAUGGAUGGUGUGAGUUUGUCAAAUGCUCGACAAGCCGCUACAUUAGCGGCGCAUAAACCAUGUUCGUCAACCAAGUUUGUUCAAUGGUCGUCACGUAAUUGGUUAGUGGGUAAAAAGCGGGCCGGGAUUCAAAAGAAAGAAUUAGGCGAAGUCUUUGGUCCUGAACGACGGAAGUGGAAAGACACUAAGGGAGGUCAAUUACAUCGAGCCUUUAUUUUGGUAAUCGCCGAAAUUGUACGAUGA